AUGAAUCCAGAAAAUACCCAAAAUCAGAACGAUAAAACUCUGUCUGCAUCACAAAAAAUCAAUGAGGUAAAAGCUGAAAAAUCUGAAGAAAUCGAAAAAGCAAAGGAAGAAGCUGCACAAAUUAUUGUGGAAAAAGCAGAAAAUAAAAUAAAAAAUCUCACACGAUUAGAUGAUGAGACACAAAAAGAAUUAUCCAGAACUGCAUCAGUCGCAGGAACUUUAUUAGAUCCUUAUCUGCAAGGCAUAAAAACAUUAUUUAGAAAUCUUACUAAUCAAGAAGAAAUCGGAAAUAAAUGGCCUAAAAUAUAUCAGAAUUUUGAAUUAGUCAAUAGCAAAAGAAAUAGCUUUCUUAUAAAUACUCCUUAUUUUGUAAGAAAAGCAGCAUUUUAUGGGACGACAACUAUUAUAUUUACUCUAACUUUAUUUAUAUAAGAAAAUAAUAAAUAGCAAUUAAUUAAAUUUUUUUUCAAAAUUGAAAAUAAUUUUUAAAAUCAGGAUUAAGCUCUGGAAUUUUCAAAAGAUUCAAAAGAACUCUCGCAUUUGGAGUCAUAGGAGGAUUACUUAUAUGUCCUGAAGAAUUUGGUUUUAGGAGUAAAUCUUAA